AUGAGCUCGGCCAUCCAGCGCAAGCGGAAACGUCCGCUUCUCUCCUGUGUGGAAUGCCGGCGACGAAAGAUUGGCUGCGAUCGCGAGGAUCCUUGUGGCCGAUGCGCAAAGGCCGAGAUGCCCUGUGUGUAUCAGACCCAGGAUAACGAGCUGGGCAGUCGGCCAUCGAUCCCAUCUGGAGUCGCGAUACGUCGGGCGGUCGCACCCCCGCCGGCGUUGAAUUCGCCCAUGACCAGUCAGACGGGGUCAGCCGUGGAACGAGACCAGCAUGAACCUCCACCAACCGGGGAAGUCCGCGGGAUCUUGUCCAAAGCCCGUCUGUUAGGUACUACCCACACUAUCAACACUUAUCGGGAGUGCGAUGUGAUGUACACCGACACAGUCCACGAGGUAGUGGCCUUUGACACCCAGGCUCUUAUCGGUGCUGCAAAGAGGUUGGCUCGGGCGAUGAAAAAUCGUCCAGUCGUCCCAUUUCUCACGGCUGCCGAUGCUAUUGAGAGUCUCCCGUCCCGGCAGAUGGUUGACACGUUGGUAGACAACUAUCUCCGGGUCAUCGAGGGUCCAUUCCGCAUCUUCCACAUUCCAACAUUUCGUCGGGAAUAUGAGGCCUUUUGGGCCAGUCCGCCGAGUACUACCACAGUCUUUGUUCUUAACUUGCUGUUAGUAAUCUCCAUUGGGGCUCGAUUCUGGCACGACAUGACUGUGGAAGCGCAGCUCCGGCCCGACGCUCGCCGGUGGGUUGAAACCGCUCAGGUGUGGUCAUCAAACCUGCACAAAGAGCUUGCGACUCUUGCUGGGCUCCAGGCUCAAUGCCUGCUCUCGCUCGCAAGACAAUUCUAUCAGGUCAAACCGCAGCUGGUGUGGCUUGCUCAAGGGACGCUUCUGCGGGCCGCCAUUUUUAUGGGGUUGCACCGGGAUGGACGUUAUUUUCCCCAGUUGUCUUUCUUCCAGGCUGAGAUGCGGCGUCGUCUCUGGACAACUAUUCUGGAGUUGGAGGUCCAAUCCAUGAUGGACACUGGUAUGACGCCAAUGUUGGGCUUAAAGGACUUUGAUAGCAAACCCCCGUUGAAUCUGAACGAUGAGGAUUUUGACAGCACGACCACGCUUCCUCCACAGUCCAGGCCGGCCUCGGAGUGGACUCAAAGUUCGUUGCAACUCUUUCUUCGCCAGUCUCUGGAGGUUAGAAUGGAAAUUGUCUGUCUAGUGAAUAACUCAUUUUCUGAGCCGUCAUAUGAGGAUAUUCUACAAUGGACCGGCACACUGUCCACACUCCAUGGCGAUAUCAGUCGAACCAUGGCCCAAACAACUCCUGGGGAUCCCCUUGCUCAUCACCCUAAUGCUCUCGAUCAAAACCACCUUAAAUACAUGACUCGACGGUUUUUCCUAGCGCUACAUCGGCCGUUCGCUGUAAAGGCAUUUCAUAAUCCCAAAUACUAUUACUCCCGCAAGGUUUGCGUCGAUAACGCUCUACUACUUCUCACACCGGAAGCAGAUCCUGAUUUCGACAGGCUCUUACACGUCUCUUUGAGUAUUUUCCGAUAUACUAUGCAUCAUGCGGCCACUAUUCUCUGCUUUGAUAUGAUCGCACAAAUCAAGGAAGACCGGUCGGAGAAUAGCCUUUUGUCCUUUCACCAGGAAAGCCGGGCUACGAUGCUCGAAACCGUCAGAGGUAUUGGCCGGAUCACAGAGCGGCGCCUCCGCUUUGGGGAAACGAAUGUGAAAAGUCACAUUUUCCUUCAUAUGGCAAUCGCCCAGAUUGACGCGAUGCAAAAAGGCCUGGAAAUCAGGCCUCGGAUCUUGGCGGCGUCAAAGCAAAGUGCCGAGAAAGCGUUGAAUGUCCUGAAAGAGCAGAGCGACCUGCCUCUUGAAGCAACGGAAGUUGAUUAUUCCCGAUUUGAAAACCUCGAAACAAGACAGUCCAGCGCCGAGAGUAGCCUCAAUCCGUUUAAAAGCCUAAACCCAGGUGAUAUUGAUUAUGACCUGGGCAAUGCGACCAGUUGGCUCUUUCCCGGCUGGGAGCAAGCAUAUUACUCAUUGAGACCCUUUGAAUGA